AACCUGGAGACUCGGGUGGCCGAGGGGCUUCAUCCCAGUUGAGGAGCGAAGAGCCGCCAGCGGCCGCGGAUCUCACAGCCGCUCGGGGUUUUUAGAACUUCAGCUAUAAAAAUGGGCAGAAUUUUCCUUGAUCAUAUUGGUGGUACCCGUCUGUUUUCUUGUGCAAACUGCGAUACAAUCCUGACCAACCGCUCAGAACUCAUCUCUACUCGGUUCACAGGAGCCACUGGCAGAGCAUUUCUUUUUAACAAGGUAGUUAACCUGCAGUACAGUGAAGUUCAAGACCGGGUCAUGCUCACUGGCCGCCACAUGGUUCGCGACGUGAGCUGCAAGAACUGCAAUAGCAAACUGGGAUGGAUCUAUGAGUUUGCCACUGAAGACAGCCAGCGCUAUAAGGAAGGCCGUGUGAUCCUGGAGCGCGCCCUAGUGCGAGAGAGCGAGGGCUUUGAGGAGCAUGUACCAUCUGAUAACUCUUGAAGAAAAAGAGCUAACUCCAUCCCUUCCCAGGUCUCCUUCACUGAAAACAAAAAUCUACUUACAUACACUGUCACCUUAGCAUCAGGGUCGGAUUCAUGAACUGCGGAACAAGAGGUUGUGAGAAUCUAAGAUGGAAACUUUCUUUCUUUCUUUCUUUUGUUGUUUUUUUUUUUAAUUUCAAUUUUCCAUCCAGCAGCAGUGUGUAGAGAGAAUAUUAUGCAGAUGCCGUUAAUUUUUUUUUUUCCCUGUGUUUACAUCUUGAGGCAGGAUAGUCUAUCUGCAGCUACACGAUGGGCUAUGUGAGGGAAAAAAAUCUGGGCUAUUAGAGUGAAAAAGUGUGUUGUAUGUAAAUUUUGAAAGGAAAAUGUGUCAAGAGCAUGGUUUUUAAACUCAUUUGGCUUCAUUUUAAAAAAAAGUUUUUUUAACCCAGUUAUUUCACUUGAUUUGCUAGCUUCAGGGAAGAGAUCCGAAGUUGUGACCAGCGCUAAAGGUUCAGUGUUAGUAUGGCUUGUGCUGGCCCUCGUGCCAUAUUCUUGUUGGAGAUGAACCGUAGCACCAGAGCCCACCCGUCCUUGUCAGUCUUGACCCAAAGAUGUCACCAGUCCUAGUUAUUUGUCACCACAUAAUUGGUGUUGAUUGGAAACUUUUCCUGAAAUGGGGCAGAACUGCUUGGUUGUCUUUUCCAUGUAACUUAAGCAUAGUAAUAUAAAUAAAGUGAUAGUUGGAUGUGUUUGGUCCUGUGUUGCUUUUAAAAACACCUUUUAAAAGAGCAGAGUGUUUGAGAAGUAAUUUUCCUGGUAGCGUUUCUUUUUAUCUCUUAAGCUAAAUUGACUGUGUAGAGAUUACUUUGUUGAAAGCAUACUGUUGAAACUUCUAGGACUGCGUUCAGAAAAGAGUUGAACGGAAUGCCGGUGUGCAUCCAUGCAGAAAGCAUUUCAUCUGCAACUGUUUUCCAAGAAGGGGAGAAAUGAAGGAGCCUAUCUAAAAUUACUGCUUUGCAAAGUGUUUUCAGCCUACCCUCAUUUUUGUGUUGAUUUUUUGACAAAUCUGUAGAGUCUGAUAGUUUCAUCAAAGCACUAGAUCUGUCAUUAGCAUUAUUUUCUCAGAUCUACCCUCAGAAGUUCAGCUAUUGAAAUUUAAACUGUACUUGGUCCUUUCAAGCAGAAAAGGAUCAAAUGCGACUCAGGGUGUUAUUUUAGGCCCCAAUUUACAACAUGAUGAAGUAUUAAAAUAUAAAUGUUUCUUUAUCCAAAUGAUUUCUAGAUAUUCUAGUAUUUGUUUCUGGUGGAAUAAAUGACAUUAAAAUUGGCUAAUUAUUUAAAUGUGUGAAUGGAUGUUUGCGUGCUCAAUCUCUAGGUCUAUGUCUAGAAAGCAUAUUUGCCUCAAUUAGCAAAAUCUUUCUGUCCUUGAUAUUAGAAGUGACUUCUGAGUACAGUUACGAUUAAGUUUCUCUUCUUUGCCUUCGGGCUCUUGGUUAGAGCCGUAGUUCUCUGAUGAAGUAGGUGUAUAAUACUGUAUUUGAGAGAAGUGGGCACAAAUGAUCUUUCCUUCACCGUGGAAUAAAUCUUCAAGCUUUAAGAACCAGCUUUCCUUCCCAUCCAUUUCCAUACUGGCCUUGGAUUAUAUGCACACCCCUGCUAGCCUGCCUUACCUGCAGCACUAUGUGCAUUUGCUGUCACAAUAAAGUAUAUUUUGUCUUGCA